GAGAACGGUAUAUGCGCUUGUUGUUUAAAAACAAAAUGCCGUUUGAUCAGAAACGUAUAAAUGGCCCAGAGGUGUCCGUACCGUAUAGCGUCUACACUGACAUUAAUAAAUCAAAAUCAAGUAAACCCAAAAAAUCACUGCAUAAGAGAGUUGAUGGUCGACAGCAUAAGGAUCUUAGAAAAAUUUUUGUGAAAACCGGCGUUAUCAGUCAGGCAAAAGGAUCAGCCUACAUAGAAGUUGGCACCACAAAGGUUGUAUGUUCAGUAUUUGAUCCAAGAGAAAUUCCAAACAAGAAUGAAUACAGUUUGCAAGGCGAACUCUUUUGCGAGUUUAAAUAUGCCCCGUUUGCCUGUGCAAAGAGACGAAUACACCAACAAGAUUCGGAGGAAAAGGAAUUCAGUCUCGUUAUGCAACGAUCACUAGAACCAGCUGUUUGCAGGCAAGAGUUCCCGAAUUUUCAAGUAGACGUGUAUGCUAUGGUCCUCGACAACGGUGGCUCCUCUUUAGCAGCAGCCAUAAUGUGUGCCAGUCUUGCAUUAGCAGAUGCAAGUGUCCCCAUGUUUGGUCUGGUUACUGCAGUUUCCGCAGGGUUCUAUGAAGAUACGAUGUUUUUGGAUCUGACAGUGGAGGAAGAGAUACUUUGUAAUUCUGCCCCAACAAAGGCAAACCCUUCCAAAAACCAUGGACUGAUUAUGCAAGCUGCUUUACCUCAACAUGACCAGAUUUCCGAAUUCUUUCUUGUUGGAAGCAUUGACGUAGAAAGCAUUAAACAAGUUAUCGAAACCCUAACUGUAGCUAAUAAGAAUAUAUGUCCAGUUGUUCAGCAAUGUUUAGUCAAAACUGUCCUUAGAGCUUUAAAUCGAAAAGAACAAGAAACAAAUGAAAUAAAAAAAUGAUUUGAAGUGAA